UAAAAAAAAUUCGUAUCGUACCCUAGAAAAAAAAGAAGAGGGAACUAGUUUCUGCAUUCUCUGUUUCUGGUGUUGUUCACUUGUUCUCUUCAUUUCAAGUUUCAACCUUAAUCCUUCCGAACCAACACAUAAAAAUCCAACACUCUCUUCUUCUUCUUCUCUCUCCGCGGGUUCAAUUGAACCUCACAAAACCCUCUUUCUCUCUCUCUAGAUCUGUUCAAAUCCCGAAUCAUUUCCGCUCCAAUUUCAAUUUCCCCGAACAAGAGCAAACCCUAACCCUUUCUCUCUGUAUGAUACCUGAUUUUUUCCCUCAGGCGUGUAGUUUUCGUGCCGAUUUGUAAAUUCUUUCGGUAGUUUAGGUUAGAAUUUUUUUUUGUUAAGUUUUUAGGGUUUUGAAUCGGUGAGAUGAAUCACAACAACAACAAUAGAGCGAGGUACCCUCCCGGGAUGGGGCUUGGGCGCGGUGGUUUCAAUCCGAACCCGAGCCAGAACCCGAACUUGAACCAGAACCCGAGCCUGAACCAGAAUCAUCACGCGUUCCAGGCUCGGCCACCGUACCACCACCAGCAACAACGGGUGCAGUACGUGCAGAGGCAUUUGCUGCAGCAACAGCAGCAGCAAUGGCUGAGAAGGGACGGCAGCGCCGCCGUCGACGAGGUCGAGAAGACCGUGCAGUCUGAAGCCGUGGAUUCGAGUUCUCAAGAUUGGAAGGCAAGACUAAAGAUUCCACCAGCUGAUACUCGCUAUAAAACAGAGGAUGUAACGGCAACUAAAGGAAAUGAGUUUGAGGAUUACUUUUUGAAGCGUGAGCUGCUCAUGGGAAUAUAUGAGAAGGGUUUUGAAAGGCCUUCUCCCAUCCAAGAAGAAAGCAUUCCGAUUGCUCUUACUGGUAGUGACAUUCUUGCUAGGGCUAAGAACGGAACUGGCAAAACAGCUGCAUUUUGCAUUCCUGCAUUGGAAAAAAUUGACCAGGAUAAUAAUGUUAUUCAAGUUGUUAUACUGGUCCCAACCCGAGAAUUGGCAUUGCAAACUUCUCAAGUGUGCAAAGAGCUUGCAAAGCACUUGAAGAUUCAAGUUAUGGUUACAACAGGUGGUACCAGCCUGAAAGAUGAUAUAAUGCGCUUAUAUCAACCAGUUCAUUUACUAGUUGGAACUCCAGGAAGAAUAUUAGAUCUUGCCAAGAAAGGUGUUUGUAUUCUGAAAGAUUGUGCUAUGCUUGUUAUGGAUGAGGCCGAUAAGCUUCUGUCCCCAGAGUUUCAACCUUCUAUAGAGCAGCUGAUUCAUUGUCUUCCUACAACCCGUCAAAUCUUGAUGUUUUCAGCAACAUUUCCUGUUACUGUAAAGGAUUUCAAAGAUAGGUAUCUUCGAAAACCUUAUGUCAUCAACCUUAUGGAUGAGCUAACUCUGAAGGGUAUUACUCAAUUUUAUGCAUUCGUGGAAGAGAGACAGAAAGUCCACUGCCUAAAUACUCUAUUUUCUAAGCUGCAAAUAAACCAGUCUAUCAUCUUCUGCAAUUCAGUGAAUCGGGUUGAACUUCUUGCCAAGAAAAUCACGGAACUUGGUUAUUCAUGUUUCUACAUUCAUGCAAAGAUGUUGCAGGACCAUCGUAACAGAGUGUUUCAUGACUUCCGCAAUGGUGCAUGUCGAAAUCUUGUUUGUACUGAUCUUUUUACUAGAGGAAUAGAUAUUCAAGCAGUUAACGUUGUUAUUAAUUUUGAUUUUCCCAAGAACGCAGAGACUUAUUUGCACAGGGUUGGUCGUUCAGGGAGGUUUGGGCACCUGGGUUUAGCAGUGAACUUGAUUACCUAUGAGGAUCGCUUUAAUUUAUAUAGGAUUGAACAAGAACUUGGAACUGAAAUAAAGCAGAUUCCCCCACAAAUUGAUCAGGCAAUUUAUUGCCGGUGAUUGGCUGUAAAUACCAUGGUUGUGUUUACCAUUGUGGCUAAUAGCAGUGGUUAGUGUGACCGUGGCUAAAGUAGGUGCAAGAGAGGAUUUGCAAAGCAAGUGACAAAUUCUGUAUUAGUGGACCCUGGUAUGGGAGGAUGCACUGUCGAGAACUGGGUAUUAUUGGACCCAUUAAUUGAGUGCUUUCGGAUUAAUUCCAGUUUGGGUUUCUGUUGAUUACAUUUGCAGAACGGUCGAUCAUUUUAAAUAAAUUAAAAUAAUUUAUAGUAUGUUUGGAUGAGUGUUAAUAAAAUUGAUUUGGUUAAAAUUAA